CCUGAGCGGAAUGCAGCGAGCAUUAAGUCUGAGUUCCCCUUCGUGGUUACGGAGUGGAGCUGAGACUCGCAGAGGAGCUCACAGACGGGAGCGUCGCUCCGCAUAAUAGGAGCUCGCAAACUCCAGACAGACCCCUCCCUGCGCCACAAAAUUGGGAAUUAUCAGUUACACUGGAACGGCGCAUUUAUGGGACGCCAAUUUGUUUAACGAACCGAAAAGUAUCACUGCUGUUGGUGGUGGUGGCUUAUAUUUCAGUAGCAAUCGAUCCGCAUUGGAGUUCCACGGCUCGCCUCCACGAGUGGAGAAUUGCUACCGAUUAAGAUUACAAGCCAGAGGAAGCGUCGUCACGUUUUAAUCGGUGACGGAACAGCUGCGAUGGCCGUGGAUUUAACGACCUCUGUGCCAGCAACCAUCAUCAUCAUCAUCGCCGUGGUGAUUUCAGGAGUCAUUGCUGCUGAUGAUGGGAAGACGAAGGCCGUGUGUGAAAAGGAGCUCUCUCAUUGCUCCAAGGGGUAUAACGUGUGCGGAGUUGAGGGGGAAGAUCUGUUGGUCAGAUGUCAACUGCCUGCAAACACGGGCCUCCCAGAUUUGAUACUCGUGCAACUAAUGCAGUUACCUCCAGCAGCUGCAAAAACCAUAGUGGGUCUCUCUUCACCUGUUGCUCUGUGUUCCUGUUUAUGAGUAGCGUUGGCUUCUACUACAGCCCUGAUUCAAGUGCUAAAUCAACCAACUUGGCCUUUGAGUUCACCGGUCUUGAAAUGAACUUUGCGGUGUUUGUCGCCCGGAAUGCAAACGCAACACAGGGUGGAGACUACAGCUGUGUAGUGAUUAGCACCAGAAACAAUAGCAAUAAAGAAACACAUUUUCAAGUUAAGCUCUACAAAGCUCUGUCUGUGUCUGUAGAGAAAGAUGUCUCAGCUGAUGAGCGAGGUGAUGUCACUCUGUGGUGCAACAUCACACAACCGGAGCGUGAGGAGUACAUGUGUGGUGUCAUGUGGAUGCUCCCCUCUACAUCGGUGACCGUGAGCCUCAACGACUCACAAGUCUCUAGCGGAGUGCAUCAACUGGGCGACGUGAUGUACGAGGGACACUUGGACCUUAGGCAUGGCUCCAGCUAUGUGACACUCUAUAACGUUACACGAGCACACGGUGGAAAUUACUCCUGUGUUAUCAACACCAACGGCUCGAGAGGAAGCGCCACUGGACGUCUUUGGAUUACUUCACCCAGUCCUACUGAGGAAACGCAUGAAAAAGAUGACAACAACAAAGAUUCAUAUUUGUACCUCCUAGCGAUUUUUAUUAUUUUGGUUCUGGUUUUCGCUUUCUGGUUAAAGAAGAGACGCAAUAACAAGGCCAACAAUAACAUUAUCCGCAGCGAACCUGAGAAUAAUUCGCCAUAUGAUGUUGAAAAUGAGGCAAGAAACAAUGCAACCGAAAACCGAGAACAUGCUGCAAACAGCACAGAAAUACCUACAGGCAACAAGGGUUCUGCGGUUUACGCGGUGCUGGAACAUCAUGGGGACCGUUUGACUGCGGGACAGGAGCCAGCCAGCUGCAUCUACUCCCUGGCCAGUGCCGCCACGGCCGACCACACCACGAGCCCCGAAGGCUCCUGCCUGUACUCCGUGGUAAACGUGGAUAAUAAGGAGAGAAAGAAGAAGACGAAAGAGAAGAAUGAACACCAGGCCGCUUUGGGCAUCUAUUCCCUCGUCAAUGCGGGCAGUAGCUAAACCAACAAAAACACGUUCACCAUACGCAUAACUUACAACACUCCUCUCACCCAACAGAGGCUAUACGUAACAGACACAAAGCAAGAGGUCGCCGGGUUGCUUGGAGGUCACAGACGCUGAGCUGCCACAGCCCGAUAUCCUGCACUUAAUUUAGCUAAAUUUCAGCUCUGAAAAUUAAAAUAUUAGUUUUAAUGUCAUGCGAUAAAAAAUAUACUGUCAUCGACAGUGACAAAGAAGUGUUGCCCUCUACUGUGUGGACCAGAGUUACACUUCAAGAAAGGAUCUCAGAGGGUAGCUGUGAUAUAUGCUAGACAUUCGUUUCCUAACUAUACUUUACAUUACAUAUUUUAGUGAUGAGUUUCGGAUUUAACAUAAUUAUUAACAUCAAACUUUUAAGCAUAAUUUCUGAAUGAUCAUUAUUUCGUACUUUCACAUUUUCGUAUUUAAAUUCAUAAACUGGUAAAUAACUGUCAUGAAUUUUUCACUAUCAAAGUAUUUACUUUUUUUUAUUAACAAAUGAAGUAUAAUGUUGGCAUAAUGGUUGGAGAACUCUGACAGCAGCUUUAUUCCUAUAAUUAACAAACAUUCCAUACCAUUCAUUAGCAGUGGCGAAGGGCGUUUCUUGCGUCGAUGAAGCAACAUUUGAAUGCUUCAAAUGCAUUGCCUUGAGAAACCAAGGCGAACAUGACGGCGGUCAACGCAUCAUCGUGCGGCACUUGCAGAUGCGCUGCUGCUUCUGCGGCCGUCUGGAAUGCUCUUCCGAUAUUAGGAAGCCACUGGGAGUUAUCGUGCACUUUCACAUCACAAUUGAAAUUGACAUACUCGUUUCUUUAUUAAAUGCUUUUUGUUUUUAUUUUUUUGUCCUUCCUCCACACCUCCGAUUAAUGCAGUUGGCUACAUAUGGUGCAAAAGAAGUUCAACAUACAUACAACAUACAUACAACGUACAUAAAUAUAAAACAAAUUUGUUCCAAAUGUAUGAUGCGUACUAACAGAAAUGUCGAAAGGAAAAAAAUCAACACACUUGUCAACAACACUGUAACGUUUCUGAGCAAUAUACCUUAUGCAUAGCACAUGAAGGAAAGGGUGAGAUAUUUCAAGGAUUAACUUCAUCCUGUAUGGAUGUAUGACAUCACACGGGUUUUUUUUUAAAUAACAAAUAUGUAAAUAUCUUGA